AUCCCUCAGAGGCAGCCCAGGGCGAGGGAAAAAGGCAGGUCUGGGCAGGAGGGCCCAGUGCUGGGCGGGGCAAAGGGAGGUCGGCCCUCAGUAGGAAAUGAGGCAGAGUAGGAAUAACACUUUAAAAGCCUGACAGCCUCUUCCUCCUGCCAUUCCCUGGCCUCUUUCCAUCCUCCUCGGUUCGGCCUCCACUUCUCCUAGGCAGUUUUGCCUCCGGCCAGAAGAGUCACCAGCCUGUCCAAUCAAGAGCCCAGGUGGAAGAAUCAAAAGAACUUCAGCCCAGGAUGUUGACCACACUGCUGCUUUUGCUGCCGCCCCUGCUGCUGCUACUGCCGGGCCGUGUCCUUUGCAGCCAGGAAGCCUCAGAGGGCCCACUGAACUUCCACAUGCUGCAGAUGGCCUACUACCAUGACCCCAUCCAUGCAAGGUAUUAUGGCAACGCAUCCCUGGGGGGCCAUCUGACACACAGGCUGGAGGGCCAGCCCAACAACUUCACCAUCCUCCAGCUGCAGCCCAUGGAAGAGCCCGAGAGCUGGGAACACCAAGAGAAAGACCUGCAAAUCUACCUGCGGCAGUUCCACACCUUCGUGCAGGUGGUGUGCAAGGAGCAGAGGGACAGCGUGACCUUUCCUUUCAGCAUCCGCUGCUUGGUGGGCUGCGAACUGCCUCCGGAGGACUCCGAGGACUCCAAGGCCCGCGUCUUCUUUGAAGUGGAUGUGAAUGGGAGCUCCUUUGUGAGUUUCCAGCCAGAGGAUGCCCGGUGGGUGUCAGAAUCCCAGGCACCCUCCAAACUGGUCGCUUUUACGCUGAAGCAGCUCAACAGUUACAAUCGUACUCGGUACGAAAUGCGGGAAUUUCUACAGGACACCUGCGUGCAGUAUGUGCAGAAACAUGUCGCCAUGAAGAACUUCAAAGGGAGCCAAACAGGCCGCUCCUACACUUCACUGGUCCUGGGCAUCCUGGUGGGCAGUUUCGUCAUCGCUGGUGUGGCUGUGGGCAUCUUCCUGUACACAGGUGGACGGCGAUGUUGAUGAUUCUCCUGCCCGCUCUGAGAAAGGGCUGGGGUGACCAGAGCUGGCAAGGAAAGGUCUCAGCUGACAUGAAGCCAAACAGAUGCUCCAAUGGGGACACCAUAUCCCAGAAAGUGUGAAGUGACAGCUCCUUUUUUUCUCCUAAAUCUGCCCACCAAGGGACUGGGGAGAGAAGAUGGGAAGGCCUGUUAAUUGAUUGGUUUGCUAAGAACCUAUUGACCCUCAUGCUUUGCUGAAUUGCUCUGGGAAGUGAGCGUUUCUGUAUCUUUGUGAAAAACAGGUGAAGGAGUUGGAGCAGGGGUGUCUAUGGCCCGUCCUCCAGAGAAUCACCUGAGCCACAAAACACAUAAGGAAAUGAAAUUAAUUGCCAUUACCAAAGUAAACAGCAUUCGGCGCUUCCAGGUGUGUCCGAUUUGAGAAAGGACACUGCUAUAAAAGUGGUAGAAAGAAGUAAUCAGCAGGAUGGUGUAAAGAUAAAAUCCAAGAAAUAUGGAAACAAUGCAUUAUUAAUUAAUUAA